UUAUCUUAUAAAUCAAUUGUGAUACCAUUUUCUAUUUCGUUUAUUCUUUUAUUAUUCCUCAUUUAUUUGAUGAGGGUUACUUACUUACUUAGUUACUAAGUUACGCCUGUUACCCCCCCCCCAAUGGAGUAUAGACCCACUGACAAGUAUUCAUGGUAUCAAUAUUUCGUUUAUACAACAAUAUACUACUACUACUUAUUAAUUUCAUCAAACAGUUCAUGUAAUUCCUUCAAAUGAAUCAUACUCUUAUCAUACUACUUAUAUAACUACUUAUUAUAAACAAAAAAUCAAUGAAAUAAAUAUGCAAGAUAAUCAUUGUACAAAUAAAGAGGAUCUAUCUAAAUCAAUUGAAGGUAUUCAACCGAACCAUUUAAACAAAUGUAAUCAUAUAAUAGAAGAUAUAAACCAUACAAAUAAUAAUCAUAAUGAAUUUGAUAUAAUGAAACGAUCCAAUUCCUGUAUAUAUAAUUCAUUCUAUAAUUCUCGUUUAUCACCAUUGAAAAGAUCUUUCCCUUGUGAUAAAUCAUCAUAUCAUGUUUGGAAACCAGUCUCAACAUUCGUUACAAAUUUACAAUCGAAAUUAUUAAAUCAUUCAAAAUCUGAACAAACAAAUCAACUAGUUAAUCAUAAACCAAAUAUAAAUCAUCUUGGACGAUUCAAUGUUGGUUGUCCUACUGGUUGUAAUUCAUCGAUAGCUGAUGUUUCCAUGAAUGAUGAUUAUGAAUUAUAUACAGAUAUUAUACAAUCUACUGAAUUAUUAUCCAAUCAUGAACACCAAUCUAUUCAACCAGAAUUAAAUGCCCAUAAAUCUCAUAUGAGAUCACCUCAAUUUAUGGAAAAUGAUCAUUUAUCUAAGACAUAUACAGGAACUACAAAAGCUCCGGUCAUUGUAAGAUUAAACGUGAGCGGUACCAUAUUUCAUGUCAGGCAUAGUACAUUAAAACAUGAUCCAUUUGUAUAUGGUAAAAUGUUAGAAGAUGCUAUAUGGAUUGAUAAAACAAAAGAAUAUUAUUUUGAAAGAGAUCCAGAAGUAUUUCGUUUUAUAUUAAAUUAUUUAAGAAGAGGUGAAUUACAUUUACCCCAUGGUAUGUGUGGUCCGAUUGUUGAAAAAGAAUUAGAUGAUUGGGGUAUAGCAUUAGGUUUAGAUAUACAAAGAUGUUGUUUAGGUCCUGUUAUGGAAAGUAAAUCAAAAUUAGAAUCAUUACAUAGAUUUGAAGAGAAAUUAGAACCAGAUGCUGUACGACCUGAUUACUGGAUACAAUCAUAUCGUUGGCAAUCAUUUCGUGAAAAAAUUUGGUCUGUUAUAGAUAUAUCACCAAGGUUAAUUAAUUCACGUUUUACUACUAAUAAACAUAGAAGACAUUAUUUACCUAAUGAAUUAUUCCCUAAUGAAUAUAGUUCAACAAGUGAUCAAUCUAAUCCAAAUGAUACUAGUUUAAAUUCAACUAAUAAUCAUAUAACUAAUCCUACGGAUCAUUUCAAUCAUGAUUAUUCUAUAGAUAAUGAACAAUUGAAUAAUAAUAAUAAUAAUAAUAAUAAUAAUAAUACUCCAUCUGGAUGUAGUUCCGAACCGACAUCAUUUGAACUAUCAACAAUGACAUCCAUGAAUUUAUGUUGUCAUAACAAAUUCAAUCGGCCUAAUAAUAAAUGUCCUGCUAUAUUUAAUUUAUAUUCAUCUUCAACUAAUCAUGAAUCUGUCUAUUUAACAUGGUUAAGACGUUUUUAUUUUAUUUAUGAAACAUUAAUUAUUACAUCAGCUGUUGGUGUUUUCAUGUUAUCGACUGUGAAAGAUUUUCGAGUACCAUUCCAUUUGAAUAUUACUGAAUAUACUGAUUUAUAUAAUGAAACUAUAUCAGAUUAUAAUAAUCAUAUAGAAGCAACUAUUAAUUCUAAUUCAUAUAGAACUAAUAAUAGUUAUUUUACUUUACCAUCUAAAUGGCUUGUACAAAUGGAUAUUUUUUUUUCUAUAGCUAUUACUAUUGAUGUUAUUAUACGAAUGAUAUUUUGUCCAUCAAUUAUGUUAUGGUUCUUUUCAUUAUCAACAUUAAUUGAUAUUUUAUCAUUAAUACCAUUCUAUUGUGAAUUUAUAUUUUAUGAAUUAGUUUAUAAUAAUAAUAAUAAUUCUGAAGCUAUUUGGUGGUUAAUUCGUGUACUUCGUGUAGAAGAAUAUUUUGUUGUCCUGAAGGUAUUUGUGGUAUUACGUUUAUUUCGUUUAUUAAGACGUCAUAAAGGUACACGUGUAUUAUUUUAUACUAUACGUACUACAAUAACUGAUUUAUCUAUUAUUAUUUUAUUAAUAUUAGUUAGUGCAUUAUUUUUUGGUGCUGCAAUUUAUUUUGUUGAUUCAACAUUUUCUGAUAUACCUAAAGGUUUUUGGUGGGCAUUAAUUACUAUGUCAACUGUUGGUUAUGGUGAUUUAGUACCAAAUAAUACAUGGGGUUAUAUUGUUGCUACAGCAUGUAUUAUAUUAGGUACAUUAUUAAUGUCAUAUACAAUACCUGUAUUAGUAAAUCAUUUUUUAUUAUAUUAUGCUCAUGCUGAUCAAUUAUCUAUGGUGAAACAAUUACAUAGAACAGCUAAACGUAAAAUACGUAAUAGAAAAAUGUCACGUUAUUUACAAAAAGCAUUAUUAAAUGCUAAAUCAAUUGUUAAUGCAACAAUAACAAAUGUGAAUAAUAAAACAAUAACAGAGAUACAUAAAUAAAUCAUGGUUUCCUAGUAGUUAUACAAUCACCGAUCACCGAUCACCACCCCUAAUAUUCAGCCCUGUUUUCAUGUUGGCUAAAAUCUUUAAAUGAACAAUCAUCAAAGUAGGAGGGGGGAGUGUAUAAACAAAAAUCUAAACUUACAAUGAUGUUUCAAUGUACCCUCUUGGAGGAGCAUAGGCCAUCCACCAGCACUGAAUGUAACAAUACUUAAGAUCUUUGUGUUUAUCACUUUUUCUUUAUAUCUGUCAAUUGGACCGCUUUAUUAGUAAGCAAUCUCAUUUGUUUUGUAUUGUUGAAUCAAUUUAUAAUGUAAUCUUUCCUAACCUCUUUAUAGACAUAUAUAUAUAUAUUGACUAUAUCACUAUAUCAUACGAAUGUAUAGCUGAAGUAAAUGAUUUCGUAAUAAGGAAAAUUUUUUUUUUUCACACUGAAUUCUAUCUCUUUUUUCUUAUUCAAUGAUACUAUGAAUUAUUUUAAUAGAUUGUUAUAUACAAUCACCAAUCCCCACCUCCCCACCCCCCUCAUAUUCAGCCCCUGUUUUCAUGUUUGCUGAAAUUUUUAAAUAAACAAGCAUCGAAGUAGGAGGGGGGAAGUGUAAAACAAAAAUCUUAACUGACAGUCAUAUUACAAUGUAACAAUACAUAAGACACUCAUUAACCAUAAAAAACUAUAUAUAUAUAUAUACAUGUAUAUAUUUCGCUUAGAUACUAAAUCAUGACUUUCGAAUAUUGUACAUUGUAUCCUCUUAUUAAAAGAGAUAAAUAUUCAUUUAAACUUUAUUUCUUUUCCUUAAAUUUAUCAAAUUUUUUAAUUUUUCGAAAAUUUUGUUUCUGUGCUCAUUACGUUUUUAUUAGAAGUUCAAUGAUUUUAUGUAUGUAUGUAUGUAUGUAUGUAUGUAUGUAUGUAUGGAUGGAUGGAUGUAGUCAUGGCAACAAUGUAUAACCAAUUAUUAAUCAGAAUGUAAUGUAGGAUUUGUUUUGAAUAGUCCAUUUUGUAGCGUAGAACAUUAACAAUGUUCAAUAUAUAUUAUGAUCAAGAUGAUUGAAUGCUUCUGUUACUUUUAUUUGUUUAUUUAUGUUAUGUAAUGCAUUUUGAAUAACUUUAUAAUAGAGAUAAAUUAAAAUUGUUCAAUAUGAUAAUUAUAGUUGUUACAGUAUAAAUGUGUUAUAUUUCGA